CCUUGGAAACGCAAAGCGCACGCGCUCCCAGCUGGGGCUGCGUCGCGGGGGCAGGAGUCUCGAGGCGCGGGAAGGGGCUCCUUCCAGGACAGGAUGCUGUGUGCCCGAAGGCUGGGCGGCCUUGGAGCCGGAAUAGCGGCUUUACGGCCGGGGCGGGCGGGCAGGGGCAUCCUCGGAGCCGGGAUCCGGGCCCGGAGGGUCAGCACCAGCUGGUCCCCGGUGGGCGCCGCGUUCAAUGUCAAGCCCCAGGGCCGCCGCUUGGACCUGUUCAGCGAGCGCCGGGCUGAUUUUGUGAAAAUUGCUCACCCCGAGCCAGCAUUCAGAGAGGCGGCGGAAGAAGCCUGUAGAAGUAUUGGCACCAUGGUAGAGAAGUUGAACACAAAUGUGGAAUUAUAUCAAAGUUUACAAAAAUUACUAGCUGAUAAAAACCUUGUGGAUUCCCUCGAUCCAGAAACCAGGCGAGUGGCUGAACUGUUUAUGUUUGAUUUUGAAAUCAGUGGCAUCCAUCUAGACAAAGAAAAGCGCAAAAGAGCAGUGGACCUUAAUGUUAAAAUCUUGGAUUUGAGUAGUACGUUUCUUAUGGGAGCCAACUUUCCCAACAAGAUCGUGAAGCAUCUCUUACCAGAACACAUUCGCCACAACUUUAUAUCCGAUGGUGAUCACAUAAUCAUUGAUGGUCUCCAUGCAGAAGCUCCGGACGACUUGGUGCGAGAAGCUGCUUAUAAAAUUUUUCUUUAUCCCAACGCUGGUCAAUUGAAGUGUUUAGAAGAAUUGCUCAGCAAUAGAGAUCUUCUGGCAAAGUUAGUAGGGUAUUCUACAUUUUCCCACAGGGCUCUCCAGGGAACAAUAGCUAAAAAUCCAGAGACUGUCAUGCAGUUCCUUGAGAAACUAUCUGAUAAACUUUCUGAAAGAACUAGAAAAGAUUUUGCGAUGAUACAAGGGAUGAAAAUGAAGCUAAAUCCUCAAAAAUCUGAAGUAAUGCCUUGGGAUCCCCCCUACUACAGUGGUGUGAUUCGUGCAGAGAGGUAUAAUAUUGAGCCCAGUUUAUACAGCCCGUUCUUCUCCCUGGGAGCAUGCAUGGAGGGCCUGAAUAUCUUGUUUAACAGACUGCUGGGGGUUUCCUUAUAUGCAGAGCAGCCCGCCAAAGGAGAGGUGUGGUGCGAAGACGUCCGAAAACUGGCUGUCGUUCAUGAAUCUGAAGGAUUGUUGGGGUACAUUUACUGUGAUUUUCUUCAACGAGCAGACAAACCACAUCAGGAUUGCCAUUUUACAAUCCGGGGAGGCAGAUUAAAGGAGGACGGAGACUACCAGCUCCCAGUCGUGGUUCUGAUGCUCAAUCUCCCCCACCCCUCCAGGGGCUCGCCGACUCUGUUAACUCCUGGAAUGAUGGAGAAUCUUUUCCAUGAAAUGGGACACGCUAUGCAUUCUAUGCUGGGACGUACUCGUUACCAACACAUCACUGGGACCAGGUGCCCCACUGAUUUUGCAGAGGUUCCUUCUAUUCUGAUGGAGUACUUUGCAAAUGAUUAUCGAGUAGUUAACCAAUUUGCCAGACAUUAUCAGACUGGGCAGCCACUGCCAAAAAAUAUGGUGUCUCGUCUUUGUGAAUCUAAAAAAGUUUGUGCUGCAGCUGAUAUGCAGCUUCAGGUCUUUUAUGCCACUCUGGAUCAAAUCUACCAUGGGAAGCAUCCCCUGAGGAGGUCAACCACAGACAUUCUCAAGGAAACACAAGAGAAAUUUUAUGGCUUACCCUAUGUUCCAAACACUGCCUGGCAGCUGCGAUUCAGCCACCUCGUGGGCUAUGGUGCCAAAUACUACUCUUACCUGAUGUCCAGGGCCGUGGCUUCCAUGGUGUGGAAGGAAUGCUUUCUACAGGACCCGUUUAACAGAACGUGGUCGCUGAUCUCUCCUUUGUUUGCAGGAAUGCUCCAGAAGUGUCCUUCUGUUGAAGACUUUGUAAGUGCCCUUGUCUCUGACUUGGAUCUGGACUUCGAAACUUUCCUGAUGGAUUCUGAAUGAUGGAAACAUCCUGAAUCUUUGGAAUCAAGGUCAUGUAGAUAUUAACUUUGUUAUAAAUGCUAUAGCUGUGAAAACUGGCUUCUGAUCUCAGUGUUCACUUCUGUAAUAACUUCUGAAAAACUUUAAACUGUUGGAACUUGGAAUAAAUAAUUUGUUUUAAUUA